CCGGGCUCUCGGGGGCGCACAGCGGCGCGCUCGCACCGCUCGGCUCCGCGAGGCUCUCGGCGGCCAGGGCGCAGGGCUGAGCGAGCGUCCGGGCAAGGCAGCUGCGGCUCCUGCGCGCGGUCCCGCUCCCUGCCGCUACCCCGGCGCGGCCACCCCCUUUGCCAUGGCUUUGGCGGACAGCACACGUGGAUUACCCAACGGGGGCGGCGGCGGCGGCGGCGGGGGCGGCAGCGGCUCCUCGUCGUCCUCGGCAGAGCCGCCGCUCUUCCCCGAUAUCGUGGAGCUGAACGUGGGGGGCCAGGUGUAUGUGACCCGGCGCUGCACCGUGGUGUCGGUGCCCGACUCGCUGCUCUGGCGCAUGUUCACGCAGCAGCAGCCGCAGGAGCUGGCCCGGGACAGCAAAGGCCGCUUCUUUCUCGACCGAGACGGCUUCCUCUUCCGCUACAUCUUGGAUUACCUGCGGGACUUGCAGCUCGUGCUGCCCGAUUACUUCCCCGAGCGCAGCCGGCUGCAGCGCGAGGCCGAGUACUUCGAGCUGCCCGAGCUCGUGCGCCGCCUCGGGGCGCCCCAGCAGCCCGGCCCGGGGCCGCCGCCGCCGCACUCGCGGCGCGGGGUGCAAAAAGAGGGCUCGCUGGGCGACGAGCUGCUGCCGCUCGGCUGCGCGGAGCCCGAGCAGCAGGAGGGCUCCUCGGCCGGGGCGCCGUCGCCCACGCUGGAGCUGGCUAGCCGCAGCCCGUCCGGGGGCGCGGCGGGCCCGCUGCUCACGCCGUCGCAGUCGUUGGACGGCAGCCGACGCUCGGGCUACAUCACCAUCGGCUACCGCGGCUCCUACACUAUCGGGAGGGACGCGCAGGCGGACGCCAAGUUCCGGCGAGUGGCACGCAUCACCGUGUGCGGCAAGACGUCGCUGGCCAAGGAGGUGUUCGGGGACACCCUGAACGAGAGCCGGGACCCCGACCGGCCGCCGGAGCGCUACACCUCACGCUAUUACCUCAAGUUCAACUUCCUGGAGCAGGCCUUCGACAAGCUGUCCGAUUCGGGCUUCCACAUGGUGGCGUGCAGUUCCACGGGCACCUGCGCCUUCGCCAGCAGCACCGACCAGAGCGAGGACAGGAUCUGGACCAGCUACACCGAGUACGUCUUCUGCAGGGAGUGAGCUCCCCAGACCCCCUCGUGACUCCAGCGCGCCCAUUCCCCCUCCUUCCUGCCCCGGAGAGGGUUAUAGAUCUUCUCUCCCACCCCACGCCCUCCCCUUCCCCUGUUCCCCAUCUCCAGUAGCUGGGCCAGACCCACUCGCCCCUCACUUCCGAACCUGCAGCCGCAAAUCCUCUCGGCUUCUUCGUCUUAUUUGGACCCCACUAACCGAGAGAGCCCAGAAGUACCCCCUUCCCCUCCACCCCAGGCUUCCUUUGCCCCCUGCCUCAAACCUCCCCUCUCCCUGGAUAGUCCUUCAAUCUGGACUAGUGGGGCAGUGUGGCCACAAAGUCACCGAGUACCUGGGAAUGAUUGAGUUGUUCAGAACCUGAUUGGACUCUGUCCAGUGUGUAGAAGAUUCCUUGCAAUCUUUUCAAGCCCUUGUGACUCGUUCGCGGUGUAAGAGAUCAGACUUGAUAAGACUGUUUGAGAAUAGUCUUUUAAAAGGUCAUUACCCGGUCUUUUUGACCUCUUUAAAGGUAGAGUUUUGGAAGUCUGGAUGGAAGACUGUGGACCUGGAGUUAGGAUCCCAUGGAGGCAGUUCAGUGACUAUAAGUGAAUAAAAUUUUGAAAAGUUACAGGUAGAAGUAGAAGAAUCUAGUGCUGGCACAAUGAAGGAUCGUAUCUUUUCCAUGCAGAAUUAAAGGUCUUCGCCUGUGGCUUAAACUUGUAGAAAGUUCCCCUCCUGCCUGAGGAGGCUCCCUUCCUCCUCGGCUCUCCGCCAGAAGCCCUUGGUUCGACUGGUUGACAUGGCAGCCAUUAUUGGCAAGAGGGAGAAAGAGCGCUGCAACGGAGAAGGGCAAGAUAGCCCAGGUCACCAAGCACUGCAGGAAGUCACCUGGCAGUGACUGUAAACGGAGCUGGAUAGUAAUGCACGUCGUGGGUAUUAGGAAAGCCCGUAUUCUUGCAGUGAAUGGCAGUAGGACUUUAGCUCUUAAAACUUGGGGAGUG